UUAUGAUUACGGCCAAAAAAUGUUGCUUCUGUAUAUCUUUGCAAACGGGUUGUAUAAUGCUUGCUCUGGUUGGAAUAUUUUUGUCUGGCAUGAACAUUGACUAUAUAAUGUAUCUAUUAAAUAGAACUUAUUCCCGAGAAACCCAAUAUAAAUUUCCAGAGCAAGUACUAUACACCUGCUUACAACUGAUUCCAGAUUUGCUGUCUGUCUUGGCAUCGUGUCUGCUGCUGAUUUCGAUCAUAUCCCAAUACUUUUGGCUGUUUUGGACAACGCUUUUUAUUCAAGCCCUUCAAGCGGUGUACCUUGUUGUAUUCAGUAUCAUUUCAUCGAUAAUCGGAUUUAAUGCAAUAAUUAACGAGAGCUUUUGGCAUAAUAUCACCUAUUGGAUCUAUGUGGUACUUUGGCUGGCUUUGACACUAUAUUUUAUGUACAUAAUUUAUUCGUACUAUCGACAGCUAAAGGAGAGAGAAACUGAAAAUGCUGUAGAAUGAUUGGAGCUAUAAACAUUCACUACUUUUCUUGACUAACAAUUAAUUUAUGUUUUAUCUGAAAGCAAAUACAAUAUCAAUAAAAAAAUAUAAACCAAAUUGAUGUCUGUAACUGUAUAA